AUGGAGGAGCUGAGCAGCGUGGGCGAGCAGGUCUUCGCCGCCGAGUGCAUCUUGAGCAAGCGGCUCCGCAAGGGCAAGCUGGAGUACCUGGUCAAGUGGCGCGGCUGGUCCUCCAAACACAACAGCUGGGAGCCAGAGGAAAAUAUCCUGGACCCGAGGCUGCUCUUGGCCUUCCAGAAGAAGGAACACGAGAAGGAGGUGCAGAACCGGAAGAGAGGCAAGCGGCCCAGGGGCAGGCCGAGGAAGCACACCGUGAUGUCCUCCUGCAGCCGACACUCCAAGCUCAAGGAGUCUGAUGUUCCUUCCAAAUCCAAAUCCAGCAGCUCUUCCUCUUCCUCCACAUCCUCCUCUUCCUCCUCAGAGGAGGAGGAGGACAGCGACCUAGAUGCCAAGAGGGGCCCACGGGGCCGCGAGACUCACCCAGUGCCUCAAAAGAAGGCCCAGAUCCUGGUAGCCAAGCCCGAACUGAAGGACCCCAUCCGGAAGAAGCGGGGCCGCAAGCCCCUGCCCCCGGAGCAGAAGGCGGCCCGGAGGCCCGUGAGCCUGGCCAAGGUGCUAAAGACAGCCCGGAAGGACCUGGGGGCACCCACAGGCAAGCUGCCCCCUCCACUCAGCGCCCCUGUGGCCGGCCUGGCGGCCCUGAAGGCCCAUGCCAAGGAGGCUUGCAGUGGCCCCAGUGCCAUGGCCACCCCGGAGAAUUUGGCCAGCCUGAUGAAGGGCAUGGCCGGCAGCCCCAGCCGUGGGGGCAUCAGCUGGCAGAGCUCCAUCGUGCACUACAUGAACCGAAUGAGCCAGAGCCAGGCCCAGGCUGCCGGCAGACUGGCCCUCAGGGCCCCAGCGACCGGCAAGUGUAGCCUUGGGCUGGACCUCAAGAUGAGGACGCAGAAGGGGGAGCUGGGGAUAAGCCCCCCAGGAAGCAAAGUCCCAAAGGCCCCGAGUGGAGCUGUGGAGCAGAAAACGGGGAGCACAGGAGGGCCCCCGCACAUCCACAGUGGCAACAAGGUCCUUGCUGGGUGCCUGGGCCCCCAGCCUGCACCCCCCCAGGAGCUAAGCCUUCAAGUCUUGGACUUACAGAGUGUCAAGAAUGGCACACCAGCAGGGGGCAUGGUCGCCCGCCACACCCCAGCCACCAAGGGCGUUCCUGCCACCAACCCAGCCACUGGGAAGGGUGCCGGGGGCAGCCCCACUGCAGGAAGUGGGACCGGCCUGCCCACCGAUGUCAGCAAGGGUGAGAAGCUGGUCUCCAGGGCAGCCGCCAUGCCCACCCCUGCAGGCAAGAGGGACUGUGGGAAGGGCAGCGCAGCCCCCGGGCAGGAGGGCCACCCGCCAUCGGGAGAUGCGCGGAAGACAGCCGCGCUCUCUGAGAUGAGUACCGGUGAGGAGAACAGCAGCUCUGACUCGGACCCUGACUCAGCCUCCCUCCCCAGCGCCGGGCAGAACCUCUCCGUGUCCGUCCAGACUAGCCAGGACUGGAAACCCACCCGCAGCCUCAUCGAGCACGUCUUCGUCACCGACGUCACUGCCAACCUCAUCACCGUUACGGUGAAGGAGUCUCCCACCAGUGUGGGCUUCUUCAACCUGAGACAUUACUGA